AAAAUUUUCCUAUUCUUAACACCCUAUAUCUCACUCCAUAUAUCGAGGGCUGAAAGGCAGGACCUCGUAACUAGCAAAAUUUGUGAAAUUGAGAUUUUAGUAUAUUUCUAUGGAGUACGAGUUCCGCCAUCUAUAAUAUCAAAUUCAAAGCAAAUAACAAAUCCGUUACGGAUUAAAUGAAAUAAAACAUUACCUCGUAUCCAUUUCGCGGCAAAUGUUGAACGUAAUACCUCGUAACAGGUCAGUCUUCUUGAAGAUAUCGUGCCCUUAAGAUGUAAGUACCAAAUAUCCUUAUAUUUCGUAAAGUAUUGUAACUUUUUGCAAUUUGUGCAUUCAAUCUUAGAUAUGCAUGACUGUUCGGAAUAAGUAUAGACGGUAAGAAUAAUAAAAUUUUCAGUAAUAUAUCCAAAAAUGGUCCAUUUCAUUGUAGGUGACAGUUACGAGGUCCUGCAGAAUUACACGGUUCAAACAACUGAAGUUACGAGGUUUUGAUUUAGCUUCUCUUUUUACAAUUCAUAGGGCGAAUUUCUCAAAACGGAACUGAAGAUGUCAAGCAGAACGAAAAAAAUUAUGCAGAAUGCUCUGGCUAUUGUGAAUCAAAAAGAGGAUAAAGAAAAUAUCCAAGAUGUAGCGAAUUCUAGUAUAGCUUUUGAAAAUAUUAGUUUUUUGAGUGAAGCAAUGACCCCUGAAGAUAUGGCUGAAAUGAUUCGAGAUGCAGAAAUAAUUCUUGAAGGUAACUUUUGUAUUACUCAGAAGCAACCAGACUCGAAUCAAGAAAUUCCCGUGGAUACAUUUGCGAAGUCAAAGGAAAAGCAGGAAAAUUCACAAACUAAUACAGUCAACUUGAUAGAAUUAAAGAACGUCUUAUCAGAUUCUCAUCCAGAAGAGGAAUCUGAAGAAAAUGAGGCUCGUAAUGCUCCAAUCAGCCACGAUAAUGAUAACAUUUUAUGUAUUCUCCAAGAGCCAGAGGUGUAUCAAGAUUCUGUUGAAUCGAAAGAACUAGGCUAUGAUGAACAAAUAGGGAUAGAUGGAAAUCAGUUUAAUAUAGAAACUCAUUCUAGUCCAAAAGCAGCUGCGGACGAGAACAAUGAUCAGGAUUUUAUGGACACUCAAGAGAAAGAGACACUAUUGGAAUCCAGCUCUAGUUCAAAUGAUGAGGCGACAGUCACAAAACAGAAAAGGACCAAAGGUUCUGGUAGAAAAAGAGAAUUGAACAAAAAACUGAGAAUGUGUGGUAAAAAAUACAUAGGCUUUCGAAAACCAAAACAACAAAAAAAUACAUUUCACGAUUAUCCCAGAGGUGAACGACUUUUGAAACCGCGAUGCCACUGUAAAGAUUCGUCAAAACAAUGCUCCAAAUUCACAGAUGAUGAUAGAAAAAAUAUUUUUCUGAAAUUCUGGUCAGAUAUGUCAUGGGAACAACGUAGAGUUUUUGUAGCAACUACAGUUAAAGUAUGUGACCGGAAAAGACCCGAAGUAGAAGCUUCAAGAAGAUCAGUAACAUUGAAGUAUCAUUUGAUUUCAAAUAACACUCACCUUCAAGUUUGCAAACUGAUGUACCUCAAUACUCUCAGCUUAGGAGAAUGGUCAGCAAGAUCUUGGGCUCUGUCUGCAGCUAAUGGAAUGGUUGAAAGUAAUGAAGUGAGCGUUUCUAGAAGACCGAGACGCGAGGAUAUUUUUAAAGAAGAUAGAGAAUUUCUAGAAAAUUUUCUAUCUAACUUGAAUAAACUGCCGUCCCAUUACUGCAGAAAAGAUACUGAUUACUUGUACCUCGAGCAAAAUUUUCAAUCAUGGAAUGACCUUUAUAGGGUUUACGAAAAACUGUGUGAAGAUGAAAAACGCAAGGUACUCUCUUCUAAGCUUCUGAGGCAGAUGGCAAAACAAAAAAAAAUUGCUAUUUUUUCACCCAGGAAAGAUCAAUGUGAUUUGUGCUUUAUGUUUAAGAAUGGAAACUUAGCUGAAGAGGAUUACAAGAAGCACAUAGAAGCAAAAAAUGCGGCUAGAAUUGAAAAAAAAAAUGAUAAAGCACAAGCACUGGAGGGGAAAUGUCAUGUUAUUACAAUGGACGUACAAGCCGUUAAGCUUUCGCCGCAAAUUCCAGCAAGUACACUGUAUUAUAAGACAAAAUUGUGCUGUCACAAUUUUACAGUCUAUGAUGUUGCAACCAAAGAGGUGGUUUGCUAUUGGUACAACGAAACUCAAGCAGAUGGACAAGCUUCAACUUACGCUUCAUUCCUUCUUGAUUUUCUUGAAGAAAAGUUCCUUAAUGUUGACGAGAAAAAACCUAUUAUAAUUUACUCCGAUGGUUGUACACCCCAAAAUAGAAACGCAAUAUUGGCUAAUGCUCUAUUAUAUCUUUCAGAAAAAAAUAAUGUCAAAAUCAUUCAAAAAUUUCUUGUGAAGGGUCACACACAAAUGGAAUGCGACUCAGUGCAUAGCGCAAUCGAACGGCGACUUAAAAAUAAAGAAAUCUAUCUACCAAGUGAUUAUUUAAGAAUCACAAUCCAAGCUAGACCUAGGGCACCUUAUACGGCAAAGACAAAAGAAUUUGAUUUCUUUAGAGAUUUCAGCAGGAAAGACUUGAUGAAAUAUAAGUCAAUAAAACCAAACAAACCAUCAUUUGUGACCGAUAUUCGCGCCUUGGAAUACUCUCAAGGUAUUGUUAAAUAUAAAUUACACUUCAGCAAUGAAUUUAUUGAGCUGCCUAACAGACCAAAUAAAAUAAAAGAUUUUGGACUUACUGAAUUUCCGGCCCUAUACAAAGGGAGGAACAAAAUUACAAAAACAAAGUAUGAGCACCUUCAGACAAUAAAAAAAUGCAUACCCCAAGACUGUUGGGGAUUCUAUGAUAACCUCCCUUUUAGUGCAAAAUAAUAAGUGAUAUUAUAAAUUUGUUUUGUGAUACCUAAAGUAGUUUGUUAUUAAAAGAAUGAAGAUUUUAUGUUUUUGUCUUACAUUGAAAUUUUAUUUUAUAUUUCGUUAAUCCGAUUAGUUUGAAUUCGGAAUGUAUAUUUUGUUUAAUUCUUCAAUAAAAUUUUCUGUAAUCAUUUUGUGUGAGUGCAUUACCUUGUAACUGUCCCUCAAAAAAAAUGCAGUACCUCGUAACUCCCAUAAGUAUUUCUGUAGAAGAAAAAAAUCCGAAAUUGAACUCACAUAAUGUUU